CGUCAUCAUGUCAUAGUCAUCGUCAUUACCAGCGUCGUAUUCUUAUUGAAUAUUCAGCGGAUAACUAGUAUGCGUGUGUUCACAUGUGUGGGAUCUUUAAAGGGACAACUUGGGCGUGUGAUUUACCUGGCCAGUAGAAUAAUGUGCCAACUGGCCGCCAUGCACCGCCACUUGUAGUAUCACACUGAUGCCGUUCUCUGAUAACGAUUUUCACCAGUGUUGGAGGGCAGUUUGGGGGUCUGGCUUGCGAAUUUCAGGCAGGCCUAAUGUUACAUCCCGUUCUAGUGCAUUGUUUAUUUCAGCUCAAAAAGGUUUUCAUUAAUCUUGUUUGGAGAAGUUGCAGUCCUGCUGGAAGCCGCUUUGUACAAAAAACCAACAUAUCUUAUGCCCAUGCAUAGACACUUAAACAUCAUAAAGAGACCACGGCUUUUAGUCUCAUAAUGAUAAUAAUAAUAAUAUUAAUAAUAAUAAUAAUAAUAAAUACCGGAUAUUAUAGUGCCUUGUACGUGCUAAGCAUGCUCCAAGGCACUUUACAAUAGCAUAUUUUAUACCUUGCGUUUUCAAGAGUCUUUAAAACUCACGCCGGUUCAUCCAGAAAUGCAAUCUUGGUUCUCCCCGGAGUCGAACCCGGGCCCUACUGCGUGAUGUUCAUUCUUGACACGCUGAUGAGUUUUCCCUGAGUUGUGUUGCGAUUGAUUGAUUAGUUUGAUAUACAUUUACUUUGCAUGAUAAGAGUGAUUUGAAGUGCCCUAAAUUUUUGCAAUUGACUGUUAAUAGGACAAGGCAAUGACCUGCAUAGGCCUACGCAUGACAAUUCAUGCUAGGCUGGCCUUGUUUCAACGUGAAAUUGUAUGUUUGCUUGAGAAAAUCACGGGGGUUGCACUUUCUCAAAGACCAUCGACCAUGUCUGCUCAGGUUCUCAAUCUCAACAUCACGGUCGAUAAGGAAAACAACCGUGAUGGCUUACUGAAGGUGCUGGCGAAACUGCGACCAGCUUGGAAGGAAGAUGACAUCAAAAUCGAGCCUCUACAGCAGGGUUUCAUCAACCACAUGGUACUCUGCAAAGCAAACGAAAACAAAGAUGAAUGGUUGGUGGCCAGGAUAUUCGGCAUCAUCGUGGAGGGCUUCAUGCAAAACAGGCAGAAGGAGUUAGUCCACACAAAGUUGAUGGCGGAUUUGAAGAUUGGGCCUCCCCUCUACGCGACAUUCACCAAUGGACUUGUUUCUGGAUUCGCCAAGGGCAAGAGCUAUUUCUGGACGGAUUUGUCUGCUUUUAGGGAUCCCAAGCUCUUGAAGGCAGUUGCGCGGGCUAUGGCCAAGAUUCACUGCGAGGCGACAAGGCGGAUUGCUGUCGAGGAAUACGGGGUGGAAAAGACGAAGACCAUGAUGGAUCUCCUCAAAGAUUUUAUGCACGAGUGGCCCGAGGUGAUCGUCGAUGAGAAAACAACAAAAUGGUUCAACAGUGAGGUGCCGACCCAAGAAGAGCGGAGAAAGGAACUAGAAUCGAUGUUUGGUAGUAUGCAAGCAAUGAUGGACGGCCGGUAUGGAGAUAAACUCCCGUUUUGUCACAACGACUGCAACCCGACCAAUAUCAUAUAUGACGAAGAAAAUGACCGCGUGACCUUCGUCGAUUUCGAGAUGUGUGGUCUCGCUGAGCCCAUGGGGGAUUUAGGCAACUUCCUUAUAACGUCUGCCACAGGGUUUGCACCAGAUCCACAGGGACUGUACCACAGUCCUGAAGUCUCGCGAGAAGUCGUCUUGACCUACUUCAGAGAGAUCAAUAAACAUGACAAUAUCCAUGAUGAAGUCACGGAGGAACAAAUCCAAGAUACUCUUGACAUGGUCGAAGUCUUAGCAAUAGCUAUGUUAUAUUUCUUCCACGUUGCUGCGGUUAAAAUGGCGAGCAUCCCCGAGAGAUCCAUGGACCCCAAGAUGUUCCUUGGCCUGAGCCUUGCCCGCCUCAAGUGCUACUGGAGGGAUCGUGCCAGGAUGUUUGAGCUUUUGGAGAAACUGAAGAAGAAAUGGUGUAAGAAUAUCAAUACGGACAAGAAGUGAAAAUGUGAGAGUUGCAACGUAAUCUCCAGAGAGCGCAACAAAGACGAGCGAUUUUAUUACAGCAACGUGGGUUAUUAUCGCUACGAUGAGUGAUAAAAUGAUGCUUGUCACAGUUUCAUUCGUUUGUGCCUCUGUUACAUCGCUCGAAAAAUCAUCACUUUUUUUAGCAGACGAGUGAUGUCUUGUAUAUAGGAGGAAUAAACAGAUAUAUAUAUAUACUAGAGGACGCUCAUCCUGAGAUUCAGGUUUUUGAUACUCCUACCUCAUAUACAGAAACCCUGAGAAAAGCAGUAAAAUCCAUCAGGAAUGGUGGCUGUUCCGCUUACUUGACACACCUUGAAUAGUUAUGUUCAGAUUUGUGGUAUAAUACAAUAAAGACACAGGUAUAAGAUUUAAGGAAAUCCUAAUGUUCUGAUUCUUUAUACUACAUCGAUUUUAUUCUGUUAAACACUCUGUAGAUGAAUCUUAAUGUAUUUAGUAUGAAAUGAAUAAACUUGCAGCGGGGGACGUGCAAUUUAGCAAAGAA